AUGAGACGAUAUGGAGCACGACCACCACCGCCGCCGCCACCACGGACACAACACUAUCCUGGAAGAGAACCGCGUCACCCUCCUUAUGGUUACGACCGUCGCUACAAACCUUACCCAACCACAUAUGCACCUAGACCCCACCCUGUAGUAACUCCCAAGCCUGCAAGAAAAGGUUUCUUUGAAUUCCGUCUUGAAAAGAUGGUAAUGGGAGACUAUGUUGCAGAAAGUGAUGUCAACAAGGGAGAAAGUAGAUUACGAUUUUACCUCAACAAUGAAGCCGAUCCCGAGUCCAAACCAGACUCGAUUGCGAUUAUUGUACAGGAUGGUUUGAUUCGCUUCGUGAUCCUCGCAGAAAACAUUGAAUCCAUCUCAUUGACUCACAAGGCUGGAAUAUUUAAUAUCAAAAUCAAUGGCCAGUACAAGGUAGAGAAACUUGAAAACGCCAAUUUUGUGGAGGGUGGAGAAGAUCCAUCAAACGGUCAACUAGAAAUAGUGAAGGAAAUUUCAUGUGUAGUGGAUUUACGCAAUCCAAUCACUCAGCCAAAGUGGACAAAAGAUAAUAUUGAUGACUGGACCAACAAUAGUUCCCGGUUUAGACAAAUACUUGAUGUCAAGGAUGCAGAUGAGCCUCGAACGGUCAAGGAUGUGUUUGCAGACUGGGCUAGAACAUCUUCUAUUGGUUUGCCAUCAGAGCGACUACUUUUUGCCAAAGUACAAUUGAACAAGCUAGACAGGUUGUGUGAAGUGUUGGAGUGGGUUGGAGAGACGGCCACACUCGGAAGCACUGUCCGGACAAUGUUGGAUUUGAUCAAGAGUUUGUCAGAGAGUGCAGAUGUCUCCAAGGAAGAUCUUUCGACUAGACUGCAGCCAGUCAUUUUGUCUGUACCAGAACCCCAGCUCAUGCGCGUACUUGAUUCCUUGUGGGCAAGUGAAAAUAAGGCCUAG